CCAUAGUUGUAGCUAAUUUAUGGCAUUUUAUUCUUGAGGGAAGGACCCUAUAUUCUCAGCCUCUGCAUUUUCCUUCCCAUUUCAUGUGAGGGCAGACAGUGUUAUUUCUUUCCUUUGUGUUUUUUUUUUCCAUGGGCAGCGUUAACCUGCUGUCUGUUCCCAUCCUCCUUUUUGCAGUCAUGUUGAUGGAAGAAGCAUCUGCUGGUUUAUUUAGGAAUCUAAAGUCUAUUGCAUGUCCCUUGAUACUGCUGCUAGCAAGGCGCUAAAUUUGUCUGUGUUUUUAAAAAAUGUCUUUUCAUUGAAGAGGACGGGUUUAAAUAUGAACGAAGACCCGACGGUUAAUUUAACGUGGCUGCCUCAGGAUCACUUAGAAACCAGCCCACCGCCAGAGAACGUCUCUGCUGCAGUCACCUCUCUCAUUCCUUCCAGGGACCCUGAACCGGGAUUUAUAGUAAACCCUUGGGAUAUUGUCUUAUGCACCUCAGGAACACUGAUCUCCUGUGAAAAUGCUGUGGUGGUCCUUAUAAUCUUCCACAAUCCCAGUCUUCGUGCCCCAAUGUUCCUCCUGAUAGGCAGUUUGGCCUUGGCAGAUCUUUUAGCAGGAAUUGGAUUGAUCAUCAAUUUCCUUUUCGCUUAUCUUCUCCAGUCGGACUCGACCAAGCUGGUCACAGUUGGUUUGAUCGUCGCCUCUUUCUCUGCCUCCAUCUGCAGUCUGCUGGCCAUCACUGUUGACCGGUACCUCUCCCUUUAUUAUGCUUUGACUUACAAUUCUGAGAGGACGGUCACUUUUACCUACAUUAUGCUUAUUCUGCUCUGGGGAGCUUCCAUCUGUGUUGGAGUGUUGCCGGUCAUGGGUUGGAAUUGCCUCAAAGAUGAGUCCACCUGCAGCGUUAUCCGGCCCCUCACUAAAAAUAAUGCAGCCAUCCUCUCUGUCUCAUUCUUGCUUAUGUUCGCUCUCAUGUUACAGCUGUACAUUCAGAUCUGCAAGAUUGUGAUGCGCCACGCUCACCAGAUUGCCUUGCAGCAUCACUUCCUAGCAACUUCCCACUAUGUGACCACCCGAAAAGGAGUAUCAACUUUAGCCAUUAUCCUGGGAACCUUUGCUGCUUGCUGGAUGCCUUUUACACUCUAUUCCUUAAUAGCUGACUAUACGUAUCCCUCUAUAUAUACCUAUGCCACCUUGCUUCCGGCCACAUACAACUCCAUCAUCAACCCCGUCAUAUAUGCUUUCCGAAAUCAAGAAAUACAAAAGGCACUUUGGCUCAUCUGCUGUGGCUGCAUACCUUCAAACAUUUCUGCGAGGGCCAGAUCACCCAGUGAUGUUUGAUUUACAGAGCAGAGGACCAUUGUUUAUUUAGCGUUGUGAUGUGUGAGCUCUGCUGCUCUCAAUACAUUGUACAUAAUAGAUUCACAAUCAGUCUGUGGGGAGUAUUUAUCUUUUUUUUUUUAAGC